AUGGCCAAUAUUGAUCAAGACGUUUUGCGACUCAAUAAUGAAGGACUUUUCAAUGUUUGGCUCUCCCAAAAUAACCCUAUCCCUAAACCCGUUGCUGCCGCCAAUUUUGUUUUGAGAAAUUAUGAUGAAAUUGUAUCAGAAUGUUACAUUAAACAUAAAAGUAGAGAGGCAACAAUUAUAAAUAAUAAUUUGUUGACCGCACGAUCAGCACCAGCAGGUCGCCCAAAAUUGCCAUUUUCCGACAAAAGUCUAAAGUCACAAAAACGAGAUGAAUUGAAAUUGUCGAAGGAGAAUGAACACGUUACCAGUUUAAUUGCCAAGGAUCCAAUUAAAUACACCCCUCAAGAAGCGUUAUCACUUCUACUCAACAACAGAUUUACUAAGCAGCAGUAUAUAGCUAUCCUACUGAGCAGUAAAAAUAAAAAUUGUGAUAUAUACCCGUCCUACCAGCAAGUUUUAGAAGCUAAAUCAGAAUGUCGACCAAAUAAAAUCGAAAUUACUGAAAAUUUGGCAAAAGUACCACGUACCACAAACUGGAUUUUCAUAUUACAGGAAGAUGUAAUAUCCAGAAUUACCAUAGACAAACAUCAAGUUUCUGCAACUCUAGUAGCAAGUUAUGGUUUUGAUGGCAGCUCUUGA